AUGCCGAGUAGCAGCGCCGCUGCGGCCUCCCGCGCCGCCGAACCCGCCGAGCCGCCGCGCCUCCCCCCCCCCUCGCUGUCGCUGCUCCAGCAGCGCCUCUCCGGCCUCGGCGUCCGCGACCACGGCCUGCCCGCCAGAGGCAGCGGAGUGGGGGGGGUGGCCCAGUGGCGGGCGGACUUGGCGCCGCCGCCCGACCUCCCUGGGGAGCCGAGGCCUGGCGGGGCGGGGGAGGCGGCGGCGGGGGACGAGGGAGACCUGGAGCUGGAGGAGGACGAGGACGAUGAGGACCACCUGGCCGCGCUGCUGCUGCUCUCCUCGUCUUCCUCGUCCUCCCAGUCACUCCCGCUGCUGCCGGCGCUGGGCUCCGUCCUGCUCUCGCCCGCCUUCGAUGCACAGGAGGCACUGGUGGGGCCGCACGAUCCUCAGGGCACGAUGGCGGCAAUGAUGUCCCACGCUUACGACGGCGGCGGCGCAGUGGGCCUCAGCGGCGAGCAGACGGCGCUGCUUCGCCGAAAGAGCGUCAACACCACCGAGUGCGUGCCCGUGCCCAGCUCUGAGCAUGUGGCCGAGAUCGUGGGCCGCCAGGGUUGCAAAAUAAAAGCACUAAGGGCCAAGACAAAUACUUACAUUAAGACCCCUGUUCGUGGAGAAGAAUCCAUCUUUGUUGUCACUGGACGAAAAGAGGAUGUAGCCAUGGCCAAAAGGGAAAUUCUCUCAGCUGCUGAACACUUCUCUAUGAUCAGAGCAUCGCGCAACAAGAACGGUCCUGCCCUGGGAGGCCUGCCAUGCACCCCUAACCUGCCAGGUCAGAUGACAGUCCAAGUCAGGGUGCCUUACCACGUAGUUGGGCUGGUGGUUGGACCAAAAGGAGCUACAAUCAAAAGAAUUCAGCAGCAGACCCAUACCUACAUAGUCACCCCCAGCAGGGACAUGGAGCCAGUCUUCGAAGUCACGGGAAUGCCUGAAAAUGUCGACCGUGCACGUGAGGAGAUAGAGAUGCAUAUAGCCAUGCGUACUGGGAGCUACAUCAAACUGAACGAAAAGAGUGAUUUCCACUACAACGGUACAGAUGUAAGGUUUGAAGGAGGCACUCUCAGGUCUGCAUGGCUUGUUUCUAACCCUGCCCCCCCUAGCCACACCAGAAUGAUUUCUAAUUAUAUGAAUGACAGCUCCAGUUCCUUGGGAAGUGGCUCCACAGAUUCCUAUUUUGGAAGCAAUAGAUUGACUGACUUCAGCCCAACGAGUCCAUUCAGCACAGGCAACUUUUGGUUUGGAGAAACACUGCCUUCAGUGAGCACAGAAGACCUUGCAGUUGACUCUCCUGUGUAUGACUCCUUACCAAUGCCUUCCCAAACCAUUUGGACUCCUUUUGAACCUGUAAAUCCUCUCUGUGGCUUUGGUAGUGAUUCUGUUAGUAAUGCCAAGCCUCAACGCCAAGGGAGCCAGCCAUCUACUCCUUGCCUGUCGCCCACAUUUCCAGAAAGCCUGGAUCACCCACUGGCUAGGAGAGUAUGGAGCGACCCACCUAGCGCUGGCCACCAAGCAGGCCUUCCCAUCUACAUCUCUGCAUUCUCCAAUGGCACCAACAGCUAUUCAUCUUCCAAUGGUGGCUCCACGUCCAGCUCGCCUCCUGAGUUGAGACAGAAGCACGACUGUGUGAUCUGCUUUGAGAGUGAAGUCAUUGCGGCCCUGGUCCCCUGUGGCCACAAUCUCUUCUGCCUGGAGUGUGCCAACAAAAUCUGUGAAAAGGAAACACCUUUGUGUCCUGUUUGCCAGGCAGCUGUUACUCAGUCAAUUCAAAUUCACUCUUAA